ACUAGGAGUGGAGCAGUUUUUUCAAUGAGAACAAAACUGUCUCCUUCUUUCCUAGUCCCACUACUUUUGACAUAUGCUGCCAAUUCAUCCCACUCUUCUCUCCACAAAACUGAAUUACCAAGUGGUGCUUCAGUUAUUCUUCCAUGACCCUUUUGCUAACUAUAACUCCUCUUCCUGUUUGUGACCACAAUCAGAUUUAACACUUUAGCUUACAGCUAUAUAUCCAUCUUGUUUUCACUUUUGACUCCAAUGAACUCAGCAGUUGCCAUCAAGUUUUAGUCAGACAUGUUUGCCUUAUUGUUUGGUUGGUCCAAAGCUUCCAAAUGUAAGAAGGCGAUCAAAAGAGCACGGUCCCGGCUUCGGCUACUCAAGAACAAGAGGCAGGCAAUAUCAAGACAACUGAGAAAGGACUUGGCUGAGCUAAUACAAAAUGGUCAUGAAGAAGUUGCUAUUAACCGGGUUGAGCAGCUUAUGCAAGAUGAAAGCCUGGCAGCUGCAUAUGAAUUGUUAGAUCAUUUCUGUGAAUUUAUCCUGACUCAACUAUCCUAUAUCAGAAGACACAAGGACUGUCCAAAUGAUAUUAACGAAGCAGUUUCUAGUCUUAUAUUUGCUUCUGCAAGAUGUGGAGAUCUUCCUGAGCUCUUUUCUAUCAGAAAGCUCUUUCGAGAGCGUUACGGCCAGAAGUUUGCAACUACAGCUUUGGAGCUAUAUCCAGGAAAUCUUGUAAACAAACAGUUAAAAGAGAACUUGUCAGGAAAGUCUGUGCCUGAUGAUCUCAAGUACAGAGUGGUGGAUGAAAUAGCUAGGGAUCACUGUCUCCAGCAACAAGUUUUGGCCAUACAAUACUACCCCAAUUGGCAACAAAUGAAGGUGAAAGAAAACAAAGGCUAUCAACUAGUGGAAAGUGAUGCCCAAAAGAUUGAUACAAUUGCAGGAUCUAAAGUCCAUCCAUCAGAAAUUGAAGAUGUCAAAUGUGUUCAUUUAUCAAUUUCCAAUCCAAGUGACUCUUGUUAUCAGCCAGAAUCUAAUGCUUCUGCAAUUGUCUCCACUGUUCAGAAAUAUCCACCAUAUACUGUGAGCAGUCCUUUGCAAAAGAAAGUAGGAACUUUAGAAAUUGUAGAUUAUGUUGAAGACAUUGAGGAAUGUCAAUUAUCCGUAGCAAAAGAUGGUACUUGCCAGGACCAAACGCUAUUUAAGUUCAGAUCAUGUGGUUUUCCCAUGAGAGAAAAAGCUGAAUUUGGUUAUGAUAAGAGUCAUAUAGACCAAGGUGAAUCACAGAAUGAGAAAUCAAGCAUGAGAAUCUCUAGCAGGAGUAAAAGGGCACCUGAGACAAGAUCAAGAAGGAGAUCAACCUCACUGGAAAACCAAUGCAUUAGGGACAUUGGAUACAUGAAAUAUUAUCAAAAGCCUUGCAGGAAGCACCAGAAGAAGCCUUCACUAGAGGAGGGGGAAAUUUUCAGCUUUGAAAUGAGUGGAUGCUGCAGCUUGGACAAGCCAUGUUAUUUUGGCCUAUAUGGUGAUCAUAAAAACUGCUCGGAAGCUCGAUCAGUGAAGCCAAAGAGAGAAACAAGAGCUACUACACAUGUUCAACAAGGAGGUCUGCUUGAUGAAUGUUGUCAUGAGUUGAGCAAUGGAAUGGAAUUAGUAGCCAUCUCUCAGAGACCAAACAACAAGCAUCUUGUACUCAACAACCACACAAAUGAAAUGGAAGCAGUGAUCUCUACAUCCCACAAAGUUUACAAUCCAAGGACUACUACUGGUUUUGUUGAUUCCUUAACAAGAAUGGAAACAGAAGCUCCAUAUUCGAGGGCCAUGACGAUGCCUCAAGAGCGGCGCGGAAAUGGUGAAGACAAGAUGUUAAGGACAUAUUCAUGUCCUACUGAGCAUCCUAAUCAUGUUCAUCCUAAGUUGCCGGAUUAUGAUGACAUAGCUGCCAAGUUCAUUGCUCUCAAGAGAGACCAGCAAAGAAAGUAGAGGAGGCAAAUAUACAGCAUAUGAAAUUUUGAAUUACUUGUUCAAAUACCUAUUUAUUAGAUUAAUUUUACAUAUGAAUCAAUAUUCUUUAGCAUUCGUUCAUGUAAGGUUACAAUGAUUAAUUUUUUUCUGGCAGCAAUUUUUUGG